AACAGACGUGUCCCCAAACGCUGGAGUGUACAUUCCCUUCCUCAAAGUCAACACCUCAGCUGUACUUCUGACCAGCUAGAAAACUUCUUGCGGCACUGAACGUGGAGUGGGAUUUUUUUUUUAAUAAUUAUUUUCCGGAAGAAUUGUCGUUAUUAGUAUUCUACUGGAAGUUACACUGUUUGGUUUCAAUAUAUAACAAAACGCUAAAACAGUUUUAAUGCUUUUGCUUAAUGCGAUUCUCUGUAUUUGCAAAAAGUAACACGCAAAGCACAUAGUAUUCUGAUGAUCUGGAGAGCGCAUUAUUUUUAUUCAAUAGAAAACGGGUGGUAUCCUCGGACAUUGGUGCGGUCUUGAUGAUUGGAUGUCUCUGAACGUUUCGUCUGCACACAGUGGUUUCGGAAAGGGAAUACUGGAUUGAAAUGGACAUUUAAGCAAUAGGAAAAAUGAUAAACUUUCAUAUUGUCUUUCUCCGGCUUCUCGAUUUCAAGUGAAAAGGACUCCUGGAAGAAAGACGUGUCCUCAACAUUCUGUUGACGAUGGGAUGUCCUGGCACUCUGUCCUUGGUGCUGAUCACAGUGAUGGCACUAGCACACACAGGUGUCUCCUGUCCGCACCCCUGUGCUUGCUACCUGUCCACAGAGGUGCACUGCACUUUCCGGUCUUUAUUAUCUGUGCCUGCUGGACUUCCUAAGCAUGUGGAACGAAUCAAUUUAGGGUUUAACACCAUUAAUAAACUCACAGAAAAGUCUCUGGCUGGAUUAAGGAAACUGGAACUUCUUAUGAUGCAUGGGAAUGACAUCCAAUCUAUCCCCAAUGGAGUCUUCAGAGACUUAAUAUCACUGCAGGUGCUGAAAAUGAGUUACAACAAAGUAAAUGUGAUUCCGGGACAGGCCUUUCAGGGCCUGUCCAGUUUGCUCCGACUGCACUUAGACCACAACAGGAUUGGGUUCAUUCACCCGGAUGCUUUCAAUGGGCUGACGGCACUGCGCCUGCUCCAUCUUGAGGGGAACCUCCUUCAGCAGCUCCACCCCAGCACCUUCGUGACUUUCUCAUUCUUGCAGCAUUUCAAAAUCUCCACACUGAAGCACCUGUAUUUGUCUGAAAACAGCCUCACUUCGCUGUCCAGACGGAUGUUUAAAACAAUGCCCCAGCUGGAAAGCCUGUAUUUACAUGGAAACCCGUGGACAUGUGACUGCAAAUUAAAAUGGCUUCUGGACUGGAAUAAGCAGUCUGAAGGUGUCAUAAAAUGUAAAAAAGAUAAAGCAUAUGACAGAGAACAGCUGUGUCCUGUGUGUUCUACACCAAAAAAUGUAAAUAAAAAGGACAUAUUACAACUGGAUAAUGUUUUCUGCACCAGCCCAGUAAUUAGUUCACCAUUAAAGGACCAUAUUGACAUGAGGAGGGAUGACAGUGAGUUUGAAGGUCUUCCUAUAGAACAACACCAAGAGCCCUUUGGAAAUAUAACACUGAAUAUGACAGAUGAGCAUGGAAACAAAGUAGAUUUGAAAUGUCACAUUGCUGAGCCACAAGAGUCAACAAAAAUUAAUUGGAAUCAUAUCAAUUCUCAGCAGAUUGCUAUCAAUAUGACCCUGUCACUGGAUGUUGAAUGCCCAAUGGAUCGUGCACAAUAUGAAAAAUUAUGGAAGCUAAUUGCUUAUUACAGUGAAGUCCCUGUUCAUCUGCAGAAAGAGAUAAUGCUGAGCAAAGAACCCAAUUUAAGUUACAGGUAUAGGCAAGAUAUUCAAAAAGAUGCCUAUUAUUUCACAGGUGUGAAAGCUAGCAUAUUAUCACAGCCAUCGUGGCUAAUGCAAACAUUUGUCAACAUACAGCUAAACAGACUGCAGUCAACUGCAAAGAAUGUAAAGCUAAUUUUCACCACUCAGUUUUCACAAACUCUAGACACAGAGAUUAUAAGAAGACAAAAAAGUAGGUGGGUCAUGAUUGAGUCUAAAAAUGACAGCAGAACUGUGAUGAGUGUUGUCAAAGGGAACUUGUGCCAACUGGAUUGUAAAGUCCUGAGUUCUGGAGAUCCACUGAUACAGUGGAUGCUACCAGACGGAUCUAAAGUAGCAGCACCAUUUAACAGUGGAGACAGCAGGAUUGCUGUCACUAGCAGUGGAAGGUUGAUUAUCAAAGCAGUAGAUCACUCUGAUUCAGGGGUUUACCAUUGUAUUGCACAAGUGAAGGGUGACAUUGAUAUGAUGGCCUAUCGCAUUUCUGUAGAAGAAGUACCAGGCCCAAUUCUAGGAAAAGAAGAGGGCUCUGUAACUAAAUCAGUAGGUGAGCCCAUCAUCUUGCCUUGUGCUGCCUCCGCUAUACCAGAAGCUGAAAUCAACUGGAUUCUUCCCAGCAGCAGUAUAUUGAAUAUCAGAUCAAAUUCCAGCCGGGCAUACGUGUUGGAGAAUGGAACGUUAUUCAUACCGCAGACCCAGUUAACAGAUAAUGGACACUACAAGUGUGUAGCUAUAAACAAACAUGGUGUUGAUUCAUUUGCUACCAAUGUAAUUCUUACAAGAAUGAAAAUGUCACAGCCAUUUAGAAAGUUCCCAUUAAGGCCACAACCUGCAGCUGGUGGUCCCACCAAAAUUAAAGCCUUAUUAAGAGAUGAUGAAGAGUCUUCUGGUGAUACCAAUUUUCAAGAGCUCCCUAAAAAAGAAUCUAGCAGUAUAAAUUCACAUGGUACAAGAAGAGGCCACAAAAACAACAUACGUGGGCAACCGCUCAUAAAUUAUAAAAGAAAGUUAAAAACUAAGAAUAGAUUAGGACAGUCAAAAGGUUCCGAGGCAGAAAAAGGUCAACUUUCAUUUGAAACACGGAGAAGAGUUACCAUGUCAAAUAAGAAAAUUGAUCCACAACAGUGGGCAGACAUUCUGGCAAAGGUUCGUGAAAAAACGGUUCUAAAAACCACACCAUCACCCUCAGUACACAGCACUGUAACAACAAGAAAAACAGCAUCUGGAAAUAUGCGGUUUGAAUCUUCAGACAACACUGAAGGAUCUUCUAUCGAUGACACACAUCUUCAAGAGGAAGGCUUGUUUUUGAUCACUACACCCAAAAGUCAUGUAAAACAUCCUCAAGAAACUGUGGUGACAGAGCCCACUGUUACAAAGGACCACACCAAUCGCAUCUACCAAAUCCCUGCAUCCACCACUAACACUGACUUGUUAAAUGUUGUGACACCAAAUACUCAUAUUUUAAAGACAACAUCUGGUCCUGAGGAAACAAAGUAUGUUAUAACUGAUUUUAAAGACCACAGUGAGAAUGAUCUAAAUAUUUUAAGGACAAACACAUUAUAUAAUAUAGAUUUACAAGAAAGUCAGAAUGACUCUUUGGAAAACAAAUCUGCUUACACCGCUUCAAAUUUCCCAUUAAGCUCUGCAAGUAUGGACUAUUCUGAAACAAAUAAUAAAACCAAUCCUCCCAUAAGCUCAAAACUAAGUGAAGAGGCAAUUCAAAACACAGCAAAUUCACCCAGUGUUGGACCAACAGUGCCGACUGUAAAAGUCAGAGAUAGUACUGUAAAAGUUCAUGAACAAUCCAAACUUAAAACAAACUCAGUUGAUGGAAGCAAACAUGAAGAUAUUAAUGAACAACAGCGUGUCAGCUUACAUCAUACUACAUUUACCACAGUCGCUGCAAUGGCCUCACCAACUAUCAGUUAUACAAUAGCCUCCAGUACUGCUACUGUGAAAACUCACACGACUCCUACUUACCCACGGUCUAGACACCCAGUAUAUACACGGAGGAGGUUUGGUGGCAGAAGAAGACCCAACAAAAUAAGAACCAGGCCCAACAAUAUUGGACCACCUCUACGUGUUCCCUCAGCAAAGACACGGCUCAGUUUAUUCCCUACAACUGAAAGAUCCCUUUCACCAGCUCUUGGUCUCACCACUGUAACUCCCAAACUACAAAUCUAUGCAGUGGCCAAGACUACAGUAACUAAUGUUGACAAUCAGAGACCCACCACCUCUGCUCCUUUUAUAGUUCAUCCAAUAACAAUGGACAGUCAUUAUCAGACAGAAAUGACAAUAUCUAGAAACCAUGAAUUAUAUAAUAAAAAACAUGCAGCUACUACAUCAGACACCCUAGAAUCCAAAUCGGUAUCUACAGUGGUUUCAAAAUUUUCAGCUGUUGUAGAAAAAGAAAAUAAAACAACAGAUGCUACUGAAAUAAUUCCUACUCCUACUGUUACCACUGUGAUCCAUCACCAGAAGUUUAUAGACACUGCUCUUACAACAGUAAAUAUGUCUGAUGUGAGCAGCAAUAAAAAUACUGCUAAAAAUAUUAGUACUACAGCCAGUCCUGGAGAUUUCCCACAGACGUCUUACAUAGAGCUAGAUCUGGUAGUGGAAAAGGAUCUCAUAAAGCCCAAUAUCAAGCAGGAAUCCACUCAUUCCAGAGAAACAUCCAUCACCAGAAAACGUACACAAAAAUUGCCAGACCAACCUUCAACUCGACCUACAAGUGACAGCCCUACAAAAACCCAAAAUAAGGUCAGAAGACCACAAGAAGCCCCAUCCCUAAAAAUCCAUAAAAAAAUUAAUUCUUCUGAAAAAGGAGAGGAAAAGAAGAACAAAGUAACCCUUCAAAUUCCAACAAAUAAACCUAAUCUGAGGUACAAUUCCAAUGAAGGAUCUAUUCUGACUAGAAUCAUAGAACUAACAACAAGGCCUCUAGAUGUAUCCACCCCAGGCUUUAAACAAUACCCUAAAAAUAACACUUCUGUCACCAGCAGGCCAGAGGCAAUGUUAACAGCAAAAACGGUUCCACCACCAAGGAGAAACGAUGUCUCUUAUGUCGUGACAACCACUGCUCCUCCAAGACUUAAACCGACUGCACGUGUCCCAGAUGCUCAUUCCAACAGGGUACAAACUGGGCCAGCAGCUGGUUCAAGAAGCUCUGCGUCAAAUAACAUUCCUGAAAGACAAGGACAAGAUUUAAGAGUCCCCAGCAUAAACCAAAGGUACCCCUAUUCCUGGAAUAAUAGAUAUCCUUUUAUAGUGCACAGACCAGAUCCCUUAAAAACACCAGCUCGGACCAAACCACCCCUAACUACCCCUGCAACCCUUCCCAAAGAAUCAAGGCCCAGCUCACUUGUUACUUCUAAACCUACUGCUUCUAAGACAGAAAUGCCAAUGUAUGAGACAACACCAAGAAGAACAACUGUCAAUACUCCUACCAGCACAACAAUAAUAACUACAUCACUGCAGACAACUGCUGCCUGGCAUAAACAAAGGCCCCUAUCCACUCCUUUUGUCCAAAAAUCUGAAAGUACCACUCAGAAAGUAUCCACCAAGCCUCAACGGCCUCCUAAAGUACAAAUCCGCCAAAUGAAACCUAGAAUCACCACACAUAAUCUUCAGACAGUAUCAGUGCAUGCUGAAAAGGAUGCUGAAUUGCCCUGUGAUACUGUUGGGGAACCUAAACCAUUUCUUACUUGGACUAAAGUUUCCACUGGAGCUGUGAUGGCACUGAAUACAAAGAUACAGCGAUUCGAAGUUCUGAAGAAUGGGACUUUAGUCAUUAAAAACGCCCAGCUUCAGGACCGUGGACAGUACCUUUGCACAGCACAAAACCAGCACGGUGUGGAUAAAAUGGUGGUCACACUCAAUGUCCUGGCUCAGCAGCCCGGAAUUCUGCAGCCCCGCCACCAGGAUGUUACUGCUUAUCUUGGAAGCAGUGUGGACCUGGACUGCAAGGCACAUGGAUUGCCAACUCCUCAUAUAUCAUGGGUACUUCCGGACAGGACAGUGCUACGUGUUGCCAGCAAUACUGAGGAGCGAUUAAUGCUCCUAGGGAAUGGAACUCUGAGGAUUAAAUACAUCAACUUCCCAGACAGAGGAACUUACAAAUGCAUUGCAAGCAAUGCUGCCGGAGCCGAAACUCUGUCCGUCAGGCUUCAUAUUGCUGCCUUGCCGCCUAUGAUUCAACAGCACAGGCAUGAGAACAUUAGUGUCUCGGAGGGUCAGACCGUGUACAUUCACUGCACAGCUAAAGCCGCCCCUCAGCCUAGCAUUCGCUGGAUCAUCUUUGAUGGGACACAGGUUCGGCCCUCCCAGUUCGUAAAUGGCAACCUCUUUGUUUUUCCCAAUGGAACCCUUUACAUACGAAACCUACUGCCCAGAGACAGUGGGCAUUAUGAGUGUGUGGCAAGCAACACCGUUGGGGCAUCAAGGAGAACCAUAAGCUUAGUGGUGAAGAAGAGCUCCUCCACUGCCAAAAUCACCUUGUCUUCUCCUACCAGAACAGACGUCUCCUAUGGAGGUCAGCUGCGCCUGGACUGCUCUGCCUCUGGGGACCCGGGUCCAAGAAUAAUAUGGAGAGUCCCUUCUAAAAAGCUGGUGGAUGCGCAUUACAGUUUUGAUCCAAGAAUAAAAGUCCACAGCAAUGGUACCUUGGUUGUCCAGAAGGUCACGGAGAAGGAUGAGGGAGAUUACUUGUGUGUGGCAAGAAACAAGAUGGGAGAUGAUUACGUGGUGCUUAAAGUUAGCGUGAUGAUGAAACCAGCAAAGAUUGAACACAAGCAACAGGCAAAGCAACAACACAAGGUGAUGUAUGGCGGAAACUUGAAGGUGGACUGCAUAGCAUCAGGCCUUCCCAACCCUGAAAUUAAAUGGGGUCUACCUGAUGGUACAACAGUCAACAGUGUCAUGCAAUCCGAUGAUAGUGGAAUACGUACAAAAAGGUACGUUGUGUUCAACAAUGGAACUCUCUAUUUCAAUGAAGUUGGGAUGAAAGAGGAAGGGGAUUACACAUGUUAUGCAGAAAACCAAAUAGGAAAGGAUGAAAUGAAAGUGCAUGUGAAGGUGGUGGCAGAUUCUCCUGCCAUUAGGAAUAAAACUUUCUCCACUGUUCAAGUGCCAUAUGGAGAUGCAGUUUCAUUGAAGUGCGAUGCAAAAGGGGAGCCAACACCUGUCAUAACAUGGCUCUCUCCAACAAACCGCAUCAUUCCAUCUUCAUCGGAUAAGUACCAGGUGCACAAUGAUGGUACACUUUUCAUACAGAAGGUCCAAAGGUUUGACAAUGGUAACUAUACCUGCACUGCCAUAAACACUGUAGGGCAGGACAAGAAGGUUACAAGAGUAGAAGUCCUGGUCUCUCCACCUUCCAUCAAUGGGGUAAGUGGAGUGAUGAACACAAUCAAAGAACAAGCCAUCAAAGAGAAGCGCAAAUUCUUAGACUGCAAGGCUGAGGGGAUCCCGGUACCUCGUGUGAUGUGGGUUUUGCCAGAAAAUGUUGUCCUUCCUGCUCCCUACUAUGGAAGCAGCAUUACGGUUCAUCUCAAUGGUACCCUUGACAUAAGGUCCCUAAAAAAAGCAGAUUCAAUCCAGCUGGUCUGUAUUGCACGCAAUGAAGGUGGGGAGGCUAGGCUGACAGUACACCUUGAUGUAACUGACAGCCUGGAGAAACCGGAGCUGAAGAGCCCCAAAACUGAGACUCUGCCACUAACUAUUGGCAACACGAUAAGGAUAAACUGCUCUGUUGAGGGCAAACCAGCUCCAGAAACCACUUGGAUCCUUCCCAAUGGUUCCCGCCUUUCUAGUGGCAAACAGUUAUCAAAAUUCUAUCACAAACCAGAUGGAGCCCUUUAUAUUAGCAAUCCUUCCCUCUCUGAAGUGGGUACUUAUCGUUGCUCAGCGAGAAAUCCAGCAGGACAGGUUGAAAGAAUAGUUGUACUAGAAAUAGGGAAAAAGCCAGACAUCACUAACAAACACAGUUCCUUGGUGAGUAUCAUUAAUGGAGAAAAUCUGCAGCUUCACUGUAUGUCUGAGGGGAACCCACAACCCAGGUUGUUCUGGACACUUCCCAGCGGCAUGAUUCUAACCAGCCCUCAAAGAACAGGUCGCUACGCAGUAUGGCCAAACGGCACACUCACAGUUCAGCAAACCUCCGUGUAUGACCGAGGAACAUAUUCUUGUAGGUCAGUCAAUGAAUAUGGGACAGCAGCGUUGAAUGUUCCAGUAAUCGUUAUAGCAUAUCCCCCCAGAAUCACCAGUGGCCCUGCACCAGUGAUAUACGCUAGAACCGGAGUUGCAAUCCAAUUGAACUGUUUGGCCAUUGGCAUUCCCAAGGCCGAGGUAAUGUGGGAAAUGCCAGAUAAAACACGUCUUACUGCAACUGGUCAAGCGCGGCUGUUUGGAAACAAGUAUCUGCAUCCUCAGGGUUCCUUAAUCAUUCAGAACCCUUCCACCAGAGACACUGGGUUUUACAAGUGCACUGCAAAAAAUGUCAUCGGUACCGAUUCAAAAGCAACAUUUGUACAUGUGUUUUGAUUUUUGAGUACAUUGUUAACAUAUGCCCGAGAAACUGCCAUGAUAAGUGCAGAGAAUACUGAAACUUAAAAGCUUUAUCAGAAAUUUAAUAACUAUAUUCACAAGGUUCAAGAUCAGUGUAAACACAAAAUCAAUCAGAGGAAAAGCACAAAAGGAUUCAAAGCCUUGUACUGUAUUGUACCAUAAUCUGAAAAAAAAAAACCUAAAGUAAAUAUGCUGAGAAAAUGUAUUUUUUUAAAAUACUAGUAUAUUAGUUCAGUUGAGCCAAAAAGACUACUCCAAUAUUUUAUACACUGCAGUUACUAUUGUAGCUUCAAAUGAUGUUACUAACCUUAUUAUUACUUAAUUUAGCUUAUUUGUAAAUCUGACAAUGACAGGCAAAGUCAAAAGUCAUGGUAAAUGCAAAUGCAUUUUGUGUUUCAUGUUGGAGACUCCUCAGAUGGACUGGUGUCCUGUCCAGACUCCAGUCCCACUUUGCAUCAAAUGAAUGGAUGAGCUCUGGGAGUAAAUUGCUUUCUGAUAUGGGAUAAAUGUUACAAUCUGUAAAUCUCAGUUCAACUGUAUUGAAAAGAACAUUUGCGAUUGAAGAAUUGCAACCUUCUUAAGGGACUGAAUUAAGAUCUUCUAUUGCACAAUAUUCAACAAUCUAGGUUAUAUUCUAAAAUGAGUUUCAAUAAGGAAAAUGUAAGCCAUGAAAACAGAAGUAAACAUACCAUUACGAUCAGAGUAGUCAAUUUUUAGAAGGAUCUUCUCAUUUCUAUAUUGUGAAAUCUAAAUUUGUAACUAUAAAUCUACAGAAAAUUAACACUGCAAGUAAGUAAAAGUUUAGAGAUUUUAUUCAUUAGUAUAAGAGUUGCGGGUUGACUUCUUCAAUUUCACAUUUUUUCAGGCAAGCAUUAUGAAUAUGAAGGUUUGAAACAAAGAACAAAGCUUCAAAAAUUCUUUCCUAUUUAGAAUGAUUAACCUGUAGCAUAUUAAAAAAUCUUGUGUUUGUUUUCUCCUCUUAUUAAGUUAUUUGUCUUUAAAAGACUUUGGUGUAUAGCUAUGUUUAUGAGGUUAAAAACAAGGUAAGUCGAUCUUGUAAUAAAGAGACAGCUCUGGGGUUUCUGAGCUUCUACAAUACUGUAUAUUGAACAGCUAAUAUUUUUUAAAUAAA